AUGUAUGGAAGUGCAAGAACAAUCACCAAUCUGGAAGGUAGCCCUUCCAGAUCUCCUCGUUUGCCAAGGUCUCCUCGUUUGGGCCACCGAAGAACAAGUAGUGGGGGAGGUGGAGGAACAGGCAAGACUCUGUCCAUGGAGAAUAUCCAGUCCCUUAAUGCAGCCUAUGCUACGUCUGGACCCAUGUAUCUGAGUGAUCAUGAGGGAGUGGCUUCAACAACUUACCCAAAGGGCACCAUGACUCUGGGAAGGGCCACAAAUCGAGCUGUAUAUGGAGGCCGAGUCACAGCUAUGGGGAGUAGUCCCAAUAUUGCCUCUGCUGGACUUUCCCACACAGAUGUCCUUUCAUACACGGAUCAACAUGGCGGUCUGACCAGCUCAUCCCAUCAUCACCACCACCAGGUCCCCUCCAUGUUGAGGCAGGUAAGGGAUAGCACAAUGUUGGACCUUCAAGCCCAGCUCAAGGAACUUCAGAGAGAGAAUGACCUCCUCCGGAAAGAGUUAGACAUCAAGGACAGCAAGUUGGGGUCUUCCAUGAACAGUAUUAAGACUUUCUGGAGUCCUGAGCUCAAGAAGGAGAGAGUCUUGAGGAAAGAAGAGGCAGCCCGGAUGUCUGUCCUCAAGGAGCAGAUGAGGGUUUCCCAUGAAGAAAAUCAGCACCUGCAGUUGACAAUCCAGGCCCUUCAGGAUGAGCUGCGAACCCAGAGAGACCUCAACCACCUCCUGCAGCAAGAGAGUGGCAACCGAGGAGCAGAGCACUUUACCAUCGAACUGACGGAGGAGAACUUCCGGCGGCUCCAAGCUGAGCAUGACAGACAGGCUAAGGAACUGUUCCUAUUGAGGAAGACCUUGGAGGAAAUGGAGCUGAGAAUCGAAACACAGAAACAGACCCUCAAUGCCCGAGAUGAGUCGAUUAAAAAGCUUCUUGAGAUGUUGCAAAGUAAAGGUUUGCCGUCCAAAAGUCUUGAGGAUGACAAUGAACGGACACGUAGGAUGGCAGAGGCUGAGUCUCAAGUCAGCCACUUGGAAGUGAUUUUAGACCAGAAAGAGAAGGAAAACAUACAUCUUAGAGAGGAAUUACACCGAAGAAGCCAACUUCAGCCAGAGCCAGCCAAGACGAAGGCUCUCCAGACUGUCAUUGAAAUGAAGGACACAAAAAUCGCUUCAUUGGAGCGAAACAUAAGGGAUCUUGAGGAUGAGAUCCAGAUGUUAAAAGCCAAUGGUGUGCUGAACACUGAGGACCGCGAAGAAGAGAUAAAACAAAUAGAGGUUUACAAAAGUCACUCCAAGUUUAUGAAAACCAAGAUUGAUCAGCUGAAGCAGGAGCUUUCAAAGAAGGAGUCAGAACUUCUUGCCUUACAAACAAAGCUUGAAACUCUUAGCAAUCAGAAUUCAGAUUGCAAGCAACACAUUGAAGUGCUUAAAGAGUCGCUUACUGCCAAAGAACAGAGGGCUGCCAUCCUUCAGACCGAGGUAGAUGCACUGAGAUUACGACUAGAAGAGAAAGAAUCUUUUCUCAAUAAAAAAACAAAACAGCUGCAGGACCUCACAGAAGAGAAGGGGACACUGGCUGGAGAGAUUCGAGACAUGAAGGAUAUGUUAGAAGUGAAGGAAAGGAAAAUCAAUGUUCUUCAGAAAAAGAUUGAAAACUUGCAAGAACAACUUAAGGAUAAAGACAAGCAACUGACCAAUCUGAAAGACAGAGUCAAGUCCUUGCAGACUGAUUCCAGUAAUACGGAUACUGCACUGGCGACGCUUGAGGAGGCUUUGUCAGAGAAGGAAAGAAUAAUUGAGCGUUUGAAAGAACAACGGGAGAGAGAUGAUCGGGAAAGACUUGAAGAGAUAGAAUCAUUCCGAAAAGAGAAUAAAGACCUGAAAGAGAAGGUCAACGCUUUACAAGCUGAACUGACUGAAAAAGAGUCUAGUUUAAUUGACCUCAAGGAACAUGCAUCUUCAUUAGCCUCAGCGGGGCUGAAAAGGGACUCCAAAUUAAAAUCUCUAGAAAUAGCCAUUGAACAAAAGAAAGAAGAAUGUAACAAAUUGGAAGCACAGUUAAAAAAGGCUCAUAAUAUUGAAGAUGACUCCAGGAUGAACCCGGAAUUUGCAGACCGAAUAAAACAGCUUGAUAAAGAGGCAUCUUAUUACCGUGAUGAGUGUGGCAAGGCCCAAGCAGAAGUCGACCGGUUGCUGGAGAUCCUCAAGGAGGUGGAGAAUGAAAAGAACGACAAGGACAAGAAAAUUGCAGAACUUGAGAGGCAUAUGAAGGAUCAGAAUAAGAAGGUGGCCAACCUCAAGCACAAUCAACAGUUGGAAAAAAAGAAGAAUGCCCAGUUACUGGAAGAAGUCCGCAGGCGAGAGGAUAGCAUGGCUGACAACUCUCAGCAUUUGCAGAUAGAGGAACUGAUGAAUGCACUGGAGAAGACCAGACAGGAACUGGACGCCACCAAGGCUCGCCUUGCCUCCACGCAGCAGUCUCUGGCUGAAAAAGAAGCACACUUGGCCAACCUCCGGAUAGAGCGGAGAAAACAGCUGGAGGAGAUCCUGGAGAUGAAAAUAUCCUUCCUGCCACUUGCCUGUGGACUUACUGCUGAUCCUUGGGACCUGGAUUGUUAGGCUUGCCUGUGGGAGGCCUCGUUUAGACCUGCCAUGUGCUCUCCCCUUGUCAACAUUUGCC